CUAGCUGUCACUGUAAUAACUUUGUUCUUUUCCUGUGAAUUUGAGUUAAUGAAUAAAUGAGGAUAAGUACAAUUGUUGAAUAAUUGAAAUGGCAGACUGACUAGACCAGACAAUAAUUGUUGAAUUAUGCAUAUCAUGUGGAAAAUUGAACGCAGCAAUUCUUGAUAUCAAAAGCAAUUGCUGGGCCCUCAAGCAGUGUGAUUGUAUGUUUGAAAACAGAUAAAUAUUUAUUUGCCUAAUUGACUCACGAAAUGGAGACUGAGAAGGACAGUGGAAAUAAUUCUGGUCCUGAUGAUACAACAAAAACAGACAAGAAACUUAAUAAAGAAGACCUUGAGGAGCGUUAUAAUAAGCUGAAAGGAUUCGCACUUAAGUUGAAGAAGAAAGUAAACGAUUUGUCUGAUGAGUUGAAAAUUUCCGAAGCUGAGAAAAUCAAAGCUGUUGCUGAGAGGGAGGAAAUACAAAAGAAAGUAUCUCAAAUAUCAGACAAUGCUAAGAAAUUACAGACAAUUCAACUCGAAUACGACAGACUCCAAGAUGCUCUUGAGGCGCAGAAGAGUGAGAAUCGUAAAAUAACAAAAAACCUGGAGACCCUCGUUCUAGAAAACACAACCCUUAAACAAUCCCAGUACGAGCAGAGAGAGAACGUCGCGCACAUCAACUCAGAUUUGGAGAAUCGCACGAAGGAAUUGGCGGAGUUGAAAGCAAUCUUCAAAAAAAAUCAGAGCUUAAUAAAAAAAUUGGAAGAUGAGAAAAGGGCGGAGGUGAUGAUCAGAGAACAGAGAGAGAAGGAUUACGAGGAGAUGAAAAAUCAACUGGAGGCGGAAAUUCAAGCUCACAGAACGACAAAGGGACAGUUGGACACUGCGAGGCAGGAACGAGCCACUAAUAAUGUUCUGUUUUUGGAGGUCGAUAAUUAUGAGAGAAGCAUUGAAGACUUGAAAUCAAAACUAGCUGACGAAUCUGAUAGUCGACGAGCGUUGGAAUCUACGAUAGAGGAGCAACGUCAGCUCCUUAGUACUUCAGAGAGUCAAUUAACGGAGCUCAGGGACACGUGUUUCGCGAAAACAAAUCAAUUAACCACUUUGGGCGAAAAAAAUGAGAGCCUAAAGUCUGAAUUGUGCGAUAUGCGACAAGAAAUCGUACAAAUGACAAGGGAGAAAGAGGGUCUGCUGGAAGUAAUGGAGACAAUAAAAUCUAAUUCCGAUAAAUUAUCGAAAGAGUCAGCUAUUCACACAGCGGAGAGGAAUAAACUUCUCUCAGAUAAUGAGAAUCAGAGAAAAAAUCACGCGCAGCAGGUGGAGAUAUUGAAAGUUGACAUAUCCAGGUUGAAUGAUGCUCUUAAGCAAUCGAACGACGAAGUCGAGUCCCUGAGGGCAGAAUUCGAGGGUUACAAGCUUCGAGCCCAGAGUGUUUUGAGGAAUAAACAGAGUCAGGAUAAAGAGUCGGGCUUAAACGGCCGAAGUAUUAGUGAGAUUCAGGCGGAGAUUAAUCAUCUGCGGAAUCAUUUAUCCAUACUACACGAGAAAUUAGAGUCCAGGGACAGUGAAACCAAGACACUGAAGACAGACUUGAGUUUGGCGAGGGAGGAGAGGGACUCGGCAAGAGACAGUGCCAGGGAUCUGGGAAAAAAACUGUCAAAAUUGAGCCAGGAUUACUCGACAUUGAGGGAGCAGUAUAGAGCGCAACUGAAUGUUGUGGAAAAAAUUAAAGAGGAGUUUGAAGCGAAAGAGGAGAGCCUGAAGACUAAUCACGAGGUUCAAAUUUCAACUCUAGAACAGAGAUAUCAACACGAAAUUGAGAAACUGCGGUCUGAUGUUAGCAAAAUUUCCUUAAAAACCACAGACAAAUCAUCAGAGUACAGAUAUGACCUUGAUCAUAAUAUCUCUAGAAAUGAUAUGCACUUACUGGAGCGGGAGGAUGGCGAAGGCUCUGAGAGUGUGGAUUCCUACACAGUCGGUGGAUUUUCAAAUGAAAAACAAAGAAGACCAUCAUUGAUGCCCCUGGACGAACUGUUAAAUUCAUCCGACGACUUUUCGAAAUCAAAUGGUCCACCUUUACCCUCCAAAGUUGAUCGCCAGGAGCUGGAAAUAUCUGAAAGAAGAGUUAAACAUUUGACCGUUUUGCUGGCGGAUGCUGAAAGAGAUGUGGCUAAAUUGAAUCAGCUGAAUCAAAUGCUGAAAGAAGACAUCCGAAGGCAACAGAGAAGUGUAGAGAGGGAGCAUCAUGCCAACAACUUUGAAUAUCUAAAGAAUGUUAUUAUGAAGUUCGUUACUUUGAAAAAUGGAGACGAAAGGAGUCGCCUCAUUCCAGUUCUCAAUACAAUUCUCAAGUUGAGUCCUGAGGAGACUCAUCAACUUAAUCAAGUUGCUGGAGUUUCAGGACGGGGAUGGUUACCCUCUCUCCCCAUUCCUGGAUGGAGUCACGACUAAUUGGCCUCAUUGUUUCGCGAAGAAAUACGAAAUAUUUACUGAAGAGUAUUUUCAAACCCCGAGAAUAGCAAUAAAACAUAUUUUCAAUCGAGGAGAGGGAUCACUUAUUUAUGGACAUAAUUAUGUAGGACAAAUAAACAGUAAUUUUUCAACUA